AUGUGCAAGUUCUGGGCUAGUGUUGCUAUUGUCUUGUUCGCGCUCUGGUCCUGGGUCACGUUCAACCAGGCCAUCUCUCCUGCGGAUGAAUUCGCGUUAGCUAGACUGGACUGGGCAAACCAAACCUGCGUCAACCUCUCAAGCAUCGCUGAACAGUUUGCUACUUUACGAGUCAACAUCGCCGACUUUCAGACUGCCACUGUCCGUCACAAUGAAUUGAUCGCACAGUACAACAGCCUCCAGCUAGAAGAGAUCGACUUCAGCUUGUACAGAGCAAGCAUUGAAAAGAGAGACGCGCCGGCCUUUCAUAUCAAGCAGAAGAUCUACGAGUCACGCGCUUCGAUUGCAUCGUUACUCGAGGAGAUUGUCGAGAUCCUGAAGGAUAUUCGACCGCGCUUGAGCAAGCAUGAUCAAUUCUGUUCGGGCAGAGCGCUCCGCACUCUGCCGCGAAUCGUCAAAUUCUUCAGAGGUUGGGGCUACGACAAUCCAGGAAUGCCGCCUCCUCUUAAGGCCCCGACAGAGGAGAACGUCAGCGCCAUGAAAGUGGAGGAGCCUCUCGAUAACGAUCCAUCGGAUAUGGCAGCUCUCCUCUUCUCGCCAGCCAUUGAUGUCGAUCCUCCGGCACCCCAAUUCCAAACAUGUGCCGCCCGCAACAUCGACGCUGACACAACUUCGCCAGACGCCGAGAGUACACCUCAUCCCCGUGCCACCUGGGUUCGCUCACGACCUCCAUGGCUGCCUCCCUGGGCAUGCCAGUUCUCGGUGUACGACUCACAGGGUGAUCUAACCCAUGUUUUCGAGGGACACUGCGGCCAGCACGAGAGUGUUCGCUACAAGAUGAUACCCGAGACCUUCGCGCAAUGCAUGAAGCACGGGGCCGAACAAGGUGGAAGCCAUGCCAUCACUGCGGACGAGCAUCUCGUAAAUGGACUCUUCGACGACGCCAUCAAGGGUCUCCGCAGCAAGAUACCGCCUCGGGCAUCCGAAUCACGUUUAGAGGACAGUCCUGAGGAGGCUGCAAGACCAGUCAUUACUACAAAUGACUACGAAUGGGUGAUGUUGCGCGGCUGA